AUAUUUGUUUAAGGAACAAUAUAAGGAGCCAUUUACACAUGGCGAAAAGUCACGUAUACUAUUUUUAUUUCAAUUAUGUGAAAUCAGUGCAAAAUGUGCAUCAAAUGUAACUGAAGUGUUUUGUUUCGGUAAGGUGGUGAUUUUUGUGAUGAAAAAUGGAUAGCAAAAUUAUUCAGAAAAAUGCGAUGCAGAAGAGUGCGGAGUUUACUUUCACUCCGCCACCAGAGGCGCCUGUCUUCGAGCCCACGGUUGAAGAAUUCGCCGAUCCUUUGGGAUAUAUAGCUAAAAUAAGACCCGUAGCCGAGAAAACGGGCAUAUGCAAAAUAAGACCUCCAUCACGAUGGCAACCACCAUUUUCAUUAGACGUGGAUAAAUUAAAAUUUGUUCCUCGGAUUCAAAAAGUAAAUGAAUUAGAAGCCAUAACGCGACUCAAACUGUUGUUUUUAGAGAAGAUUCUAAAAUUCUGGGAUUUGCAAGGUUCGCCCUUAAAAAUCCCUAUGAUCGAGAAUAAAACUUUAGACUUGUAUUGCUUAAAAUUCUGGGUUGACGAGGAAGGCGGAUUCGAAGCAUGUAAUACUCCAAAGAAAUGGCGUAAGAUUGCGAUCGCUAUGGGCUACAGUCAAAACGCAAACACUAUGAAUUUCCUCCGAAGCAAUUACGAAAAAAUAUUGCUUCCUUACGACAUUUUCGAGAAAAGCAAGGCGGACAUUUUGAAAACCGUAAAAAAAGCCGAACCCAAAACCGAAAUUCACGACGGCUUUAAUACGCAUAAUUUUAAAGAAAUAGCUACAGCUACAAAAAUAAAAACAGAAAUAAAGGACGAAAAGCCCCACACUAGUAUCAAAAAAACUAAAACUGGUUCUGACAUCAAACUAGACCCAGAUGUGAACACGAAACUAACAGAAAGUGAAGAAAAUGCGAGACACAAUAGGGAACUAAAAAGACUGGCUUGUUAUGGCCCAGGUCCUAAAAUGCCAGGGCUAAACGAUGAAGAAUUUGACAUCACUAAAUCUAGGAAAAGGCCCAGAUAUGACUUAGACCCCCUGGCUGUAUAUGUUUGUGCUAUUUGCCAAAAAGACAGCAGAGAUGAUCUGCUUUUAAUAUGCAAUGGCUGCUCUGACACAUACCAUACUUUUUGCCUAAAGCCCCCUUUGAACUGCGUUCCUGAUGGAGACUGGAGGUGCCCAUGUUGCAUAGCAGAGGAGGUACACAAACCAGCAGAGGCAUUCGGAUUUGCUCAGGCUGAAAGAGAAUACUCCCUCCAACAAUUCGGUGAAAUGGCAGAUAAAUUUAAAUCUGAUUAUUUUGGGAUGUCUGGUCACUUAGUGCCAACAAAUGUUGCAGAAAAAGAAUUUUGGAGAAUAAUAUCAUCAGUAGAAGAGGAUGUUACAGUAGAGUAUGGAGCAGAUUUGCACUCAAUGGACCAUGGCUCGGGCUUCCCAACCAAGUCCUCAAUCAAUUUAUUUCCUGGAGAUCAGGAGUAUGUAGAUUCUGGUUGGAACCUUAAUAAUUUGCCAGUGUUGGAAGGGUCAGUUUUAAAAUUUAUCAAUGCAGACAUAUCUGGAAUGACAGUACCCUGGAUGUAUGUAGGCAUGUGCUUCUCUGCCUUCUGCUGGCAUAACGAGGAUCACUGGAGUUACUCAAUUAAUUAUUUACACUGGGGUGAAGCAAAAACUUGGUACGGAGUACCGGGUGGAGGAGCAGAAUUAUUAGAAACUGCAAUGAAGGCCGCAGCCCCUGACUUAUUUAAAUCACAACCUGAUUUGUUGCAUCAGUUGGUCACAAUCAUGAACCCCAAUAUUUUGAUGGCAGCCGGUGUUCCUAUAUAUAGGACAGAUCAACAGGCAGGGGAAUUUGUUGUGACAUUUCCUCGAGCCUACCAUGCAGGUUUUAAUCAGGGUUACAACUUUGCAGAGGCAGUCAAUUUUGCUCCACCUGAUUGGUUAAAAAUAGGCCGUGAUUGUAUAUCACACUAUAAAAAACUAAAGAGGUUUUGUGUAUUUUCACACGAUGAAUUGAUAUGUAAAAUGGCACUAGAAGGUGAUCGUCUAGACUUAGAGACCGCCCUGGAGACACAAAAAGAAUUAGUUCAUGCAACUGAGGAGGAAGGGCGACUGAGAGCUUUGAUAGCUAAGAACGGCCUGAAAAACGUGAGAAGAACAGCAUUUGAACUGCUAGGUGAUGACGAAAGAUUGUGUGAAGUCUGUAAGACAACCUGCUUCUUGUCGUCAGUUUCUUGCUCGGAAUGCAAGCACAUGGCUUGCCUCCUACAUGCUAGCUCAGAUAGCUUUUGUAAAUGUGCACUAGAGAAAAAGACUCUAUUUUAUAGGUACGACAUGGAUGAGUUACAUAUUAUGCUGCAAACUAUUGAUUUUCGUGUAAAUAGUUUUGAUAAAUGGAUGACAGAUACAAAGAACAUUUUGUUGCCAACUGCACCCGAUAUUGGAAGACUGCAUAGGUUGAAAGUUCUUGUAGACGAAGCCGAGGAACUGAAAAUACCAAAAUGUUCACUUUUAACCCAGUUAAAGAAUGAGUAUACAAAGGCAACAGAAAAUGUUGAACCAAUCGUUAUAGAGUUGGAUGAUGAUUGAAUCUUUUUAAAGGGUGUCAUUCAGUACAAAGUUUUCUUGGUAUAGUUUUAUUCACUAGUUUGGUCACUAGAAUAAGUUAUUCCACUAGAAUAAUCACAAGUUAAGGCAGCUAUACUUUUAUUAUAAACGGAUGUAAACA